AAAUCAUCCCGUUCUUCAAAACUUUCAAAUUCGAAAUCAGAACCAAAUUUAAAGGUAGCUAAGAAGACUUCUAACAGAAAAGCUGUUAAAAAUUCCAUAAGUACUAUUGAACAUUUACUGAUUUCGUCAGUAGAUAGGCGUAAAAUAUUUGCCAAUCGCCUCUCUGAUAUUCUUCAUAAGGAACAUUUUGCUUGGUGUUUAUCUGAAAAUAUUAAUAGCCAAAGCAGAUAUUCCUCUUUUCUUUGGGAUUUAUCUUCACUCUCACUGAAAAAUAAGUCAGAAAGAUUUUACGUCGAUUCCUUAACUAAACUCUUGACUCCCUCUCGGAAAACGAAAACGCACGAUCCUCUUCGUUUGUCACAGAUUCCUGGUAGAAGCCCUUCUUCUUUAAAGCAGAUUCACAUGACUCAAACACCUGAGCUUGAGAAACAAUCCACAACCCCAGAAUGUAAAAAUCUCACAAAUGAGUUGCUAUCAAGAAUGGUUGCUUCUCCUCUUUGCUCCGAUUUAUCGAUUUGUUUGGAUUCUGGAGAAUCGAUUCCUGCCCAUCGGUUUAUUUUAGCUUCAUGGAGCUCCGAACUUGCACUUCUAACAGAUAAUGCUGAUUCGCUCAGUGCUCCGGGCUUAAAUAAAGGGGAACUCAUUAAUCUACUUCGUGCUCUUUACACAUUUGAUUUGUCCUACUUUUCGGCGUUAUCUCCGGAAGCAGAGUUCACUUUAGAUUGCUGGCAACUAUUGGACAUAGUGAGAGGCAAGGUCAAAUCGGAUGCAUCCAGUAGAUUAGCGAUUACUCCUAAAACCCAGGAAUCUAUUAGCGUUCGUGACAGUACCUUUUACAAAAGCGGAGUUGAUUUAUUUGCUUCUGAUUUGGCGGAAAAUACCGAUAUCUGCAGUCCGCGUAUCUCCCUCAAUCCUAAAACUGUAAGAGUCUGGGUUAAAAAAUGUGUCAAGUACAUCUUUAGACCUCACAUUCAUCAAUGUGUACAAUCCAAGUUGUCCUCUGUAAAUGUUGCUACUUGUGACUCCAUACUUCCACCUACUCCCGAAUUAUUCCAACCGAAUAAGAUGCUAUCUUGUCAGUCAACGCCAUUCAUACCGCUGUCCCUUAAGACUACUCUAACGGAAGGGGAACAACCAGAGUUAAUCAACAUUUCUUCCGAGCAUAAUAAAGCUGCGCGAAACGAGCCCGGAAAACCUUCCACAUUCCCUGAACCUGCAACUAAAGGCGAGGUGCAAUUAGUCGUUGAGGGUGUAAAUCUCAAGGCCGAUACCUCUUCCUUAAUAUUCGAUACUUCGUCCAAAAGUACUAUGAAAGCCGCCGUCGAACAAGUGGAUAUUGAGGCCGAAGGAUCUCCACAGCUGCUUGAGGAUUCAUCUGGAACCGAUGUCGAGAUGAUUAUCGAACCAGUGGAUACUAUUCCUCAAGAACCUCCUCUACCUGGAAAUGCCAUUGGUUUGGAUUUCGAUAAGGGAGGAAAAGAACCUGGAGAUUUAAUGAUUGUGGCACCUUCAUCCUUUAAUACGGCCAUGAAAAUGGAUAGCCAAAAGCCUGAUGACGAGCUCCGCGAGCUAUCUUGCACAAAGGUUAACGAAAUUAAUGCAGAGGUUAUUGAUAACACGCUCGAAGAACCCCGAGUACUACUAGCUUCCUCUCCCAGAAGUGAGAGCGAUAAGCCCCUCACCCAGUCACCGUGUCAUUCAGUCGACUUGGAUCCACCCUCGUUUGGAGGAGGUUUUGAUGAAUUCGUCGCGUUUGAAGCAGAAGAACAACCUGUCCAUCUUUCCGCUCUGAAGGUGAGCUUUUCAUUAUUAUUAUUAUUGUAG